AUGAAGCUCCUGCUGGGCAGCCUUCUCCUGGCUGGCGUCUGCUGGCUUGGAGACGCAACGGACAUCCCCGUCAUGCCGAACUUCAAUAACCAAAGGGUUGCUGGAAAUUGGUACCCUCUCGCAAGCAUAGCUAUUGAAAAGCAGUUCCCCCAAUACACAUUAAAGGCCGAACCGAAUGGAGGUCUGAUGUACACCUUUAACUCUCUUGAAAACGGCCAGUGCAAGACUAGACAGCUCCCGUUCACUAAAUAUCAGACGCCGGGGAAAUUCAAGACCUCAGGCCUCACCUUUGGUCAAAUCAUAGAUACGGAUUAUGAAACCUACAUCAUCAGUUACCUCGCACGGGGGAUGGACACCUUCCUGAAGCUUGCAGGUAAACAACAAAACUUAACGCCAGAUUUGGAGACGAAAUUCAAGAACGUUGCUGCCUCUGUGGGGAUCACAGGAGAGGUUGUGCCCAUUGUCCCAAAAGCCCCGAGCACCCUUCAGUUUGUGGAUACGGAUUACAAUACCUAUCUCAUCGUGUACAUCACACGGGGCGCCAGACACCGGGAUACCUUCCUGGCACUUGCCGGCACUCAGCCCAACAUGACGCCGGCUUUGAAGGAGAAAUUGAAGGCUGCUGCCAACUCUCUGGGGAUACUUCCAGAAAUUGUCACCAGCGUCCUGCUAGGUGAAAGGGGCUUGCAGGGAACCCCUGGGGAAAUUGGGCCCCCUGGGCCAAAAGGUAGGGGCAACCAGGGGGAUUCCGAUUCCAGGCUGCAGCUCUGCGUAUGUGCCCCAAGCUGCAAGGAGCUCCUGGCCCAGGGGGUGGUCCUGAGCGGCUGGCACACCAUCUACCCCCAGGACUACCAGCCCCUGCGGGUGCUGUGCGACAUGCACACUGACGGAGGCGGAUGGAUUGUCUUCCAGAGACGGUCGGACGGCUCGGUGGACUUUUUCCAGGACUGGGCUGCCUACAAGAGGGGAUUUGGCAGCGAGCUGAGCGAAUUCUGGCUGGGGAAUGACCACCUUCACCUCUUGACUUCUCUGGGAAAAUAUGAGUUGCGUAUUGACUUCAUGGAUUUUGAGAAUCGGCAUUCCUUCGCCAAGUAUGGAUCCUUCCAGGUGGCAGCGGAACAUGACCAGUAUCGGCUGACUCUGGGCAACUUCCUUGGGGGCCCUGCAGGGGACUCGCUCUCCUACCACAACCACAUGCCCUUCUCCACCCGAGAGAAGCAGCAGGACACGCCAAAGCUCAACUGUGCUGAGAACCGCAAAGGGGCCUGGUGGUACAAUGAGUGCCACGACUCCAACCUCAACGGGCAAUACUGGCUGGGAGCACACCAGUCUUAUGCGGACGGCAUCAACUGGAGAACGGGGAGAGGCUACCACUACUCCUACAAGCGCACCGAAAUGAAACUCAGGCCUGUGGCUUAG